AUGUCGUCCCGAGCGAGCAGUGGGAGCCGGACACGGGUAGGCAAGUAUGAGCUAGGUAGGACAUUGGGAGAAGGGACGUUCGCAAAGGUGAAGUUCGCCAGAAACGUCGAUACUGGAGAGAAUGUGGCCAUUAAGAUUCUGGAUAAGGAGAAGAUUUUGAAGCAUAAGAUGAUCGGUCAGAUUAAACGUGAAAUUUCAACGAUGAAACUAAUCAGGCACCCAAAUGUCAUCCGAAUGUAUGAGGUGAUGGCUAGCAAGACAAAAAUAUACAUUGUUUUGGAAUUUGUGACUGGUGGCGAACUUUUCGAUAAAAUUGCAAGUAAAGGAAGGUUGAAGGAAGAUGAAGCUAGGAAGUACUUUCAGCAGCUUAUUAACGCUGAUGUACAAAAAUCCUAUCAAGGAGAUGUUGGGGCCAAUAAGCUUAUUGUCGAGCUAGUAGUAGUCCCAGCUUGGAACCUUCCUUAUACAUAUGAGCAAGGACUCAAGAGUAUAAAUGAAGACUCUAAAUGGGGAUUGGAGAAGAAUUGA